GACAGCAUCCACCUCCUCAGUCACGGACGCGCACACACAGCAGCUCAGUAUUAGAGAAUACAUCCUAGCUUUUGCACACACAUCUUCCUACAGACGCACCAUAACAUCACAUUAUUACAUUUAUCAGCAUUAUUUUCCUAACUGGAUAUUGAUGAAUUUUCUUGUAAAUUCGCCGUAACGGUCCAUCCGAUCGUAUCUGCUUUUAUUAUUUCUUGCCUUCCCGCAUCCAAAGACUAACCCUACGCUACAAGAUGGCUGAGUUGAAUUUGGGGAAGGGGCUGACUGCAGGGAAAGUGGCGAGCAACGUUCAGAAAAAACUAACCAGAGCUCAAGAAAAGGUACUCCAAAAACUGGGAAAAGCUGAUGAGACCAAAGACGUCGCCUUUGAGGAGGGAGUUAUCAACUUCAACAAACAAUAUGCAGAAGGCAGUAAACUACAGAGGGACCUAAGAGCAUACCUAGAGGCAGUGAAAGCUAUGCAUGAGUCGUCCAAGAAUCUGCAGUCAUGUCUGGCUGAUAUGUAUGAGCCGGACUGGUAUGGCAGGAAUGAAGUGGAUUCCAUUGUGGAGGAUUGUGAUGUUCUGUGGACGGAUUAUCACCAGAAAUUGGUCGAUCAUGCUCUCAUUUCCAUGGAUACCUACCUGGGCCAGUUCCCUGACAUCAAGGCUCGUAUUGCUAAGAGAGACAGGAAACUGGUUGACUACGACAGUGCCAGGCAUAACUAUGCUGCCACACAUAAGACCAAGAAAAAGGACGGGGGCAUUAAAAUCACCAAGCCCUCUUCUUUGUUGGAAAGAGCCACUCCAGGCUGGGCUCAGGGUAUCCUUUCUGCCCACAAUGUUGCCCAGAGCAGUCUGUCCAGGAGUCAGGCUGAGGAGGAGCUGGAGAGAGCUCAGAAGGUGUUUGAGGAAAUAAAUAUCGACUUGCAAGAGGAGUUACCGUCACUUUGGAAUAGUCGUGUUGGGUUUUAUGUCAGCACCUUCCAGAGUUUGGCUGGUUUCGAGGAGAAGUUUCACAAGGAAAUGAGCCGGUUGGAUCAGGAUUUGCAUGAUGUUUUGGAGAAACUGGAGACAACAGACCCGACCAGAAAGACAGGUAACGGCCGCGCCUCAACGUCAGGAACAAAUAGGAGUGGCAGAGAUGCAUCCAACCACACUCUCAGACCAGGAGGACCACCCCCCAUCCCUAAAUCUCCUUCCAAGCUAAAGCCAGCAGUGCCUCCUCCACCUAAGGUGACCCCAUCAAAGGAGCUAAAAACAGAGAACAUCAUCAACUUGUUUGAUGCUGCAGCUACACCUGACAUCAGCGUCACAUCUCCAACAGAGUUUAACAGUCCUGCAGUGAGCAGCCUAUUGGACAUGGACCUGGACUCAUUCAGUGCAGCAGCCAAAGCCCCUACGGUCACACAGCCUGCAAACUGGGACUCAUGGCCUGAGGACAGUGCUGCCCAUGAAGAGACCCCUGAGCGCUAUGACCCAAUAGCAGCUGCCACAGAGGGCUGGGGAGAUGAUGGAACCCAACCGGUUCGCUAUGAUCCCAUAGCUGCUGCCACAGAGGGCUGGGGGGAUGAUGGAACCCAACCGGUUCGCUAUGACCCUGUAGCUGCGGCUCAGGAGGGAUGGGAGGCUGAUGAUAACCAGCCAGCUCAUUAUGACAACGUUACUGAAGCCCAGGAGGGCUGGGGCGACGAUGGGAGUCAGCCAGUCAGAGAAGUGCCGGCCGCAGAGGAUGAAACACCUGCGGCCGAGGCUGAAGCCGAGGCUGAAGCUGAGGCUGAGGCUGAGGCUGAGGCUGAGGCUCCGGCUGAGACAACUGAAGAAGAGGAAGCCGCCCCAGCUGCUGCUCCGUUGGAAAAUGAAGAGGGUCAGAGUGAGUCAGCAGCAGCUUCUGCAGCCUCACCUGUUGAAACAGCAACAGAGGAAGUAACUACACCACCCGCAGUAGCAGCAGAGUCGACAGAAGUAGCACCAGAGCCUGCAGAAAUGCCCCCUGGCUUCUUGUUCAAAGUCCAGGUGAUGCAUGAUUAUGCUGCAAAUGACACAGACGAACUGGAGAUGAAGGCUGGUGAUGUGGUGCUCGUACUCACCUUUGACAACCCAGAAGAACAGGAUGAUGGCUGGCUGAUGGGAAUAAAGCAGGAUGACUGGCAGCAAAACAAAGAAAAUGCAGUUAAAGGGGUAUUCCCUGAAAACUUUACCCAGAGGCUGUGAAAAAGGACAGGACGCCAUUCCAAUUUCCUUCUUUCUGUCUCUUUCCUCUUCCUUCUGUCCUUUCCUCCUUAUCUUGUUCAGAUACUGUAUCUUUACUAGGACUUUGGCCAUAGAAGCAGAGCUGUCACAGCCCUGGCUGAAAUCAUGCAUUUCUAAGGUCUGCUACACUGUGCUAAACGUGGAUCUUGGCAUUUCUGCAGAUUUCUGCCAACAUUUACAAAUUACAAAUAUAGCCAUUACACAGGUCCCACUUUCUACUGUCUUUCUGCACUAGUGCUAUAUUAUUUCCAUCCCUCAUGGGAGGAAGUGAUCAGAGAACCCUGAUUUUAAUAGUAUAGAUGCAAAGAUAGGGUACCUUUGCAAUGGCUACCACUGUAAUUGCAUCGUGAUGUUUUAACAUUAUGUCUCAUGUUAAACUCUCCAAGACAUAUUCCAUCACCAUAACAGAGAAAAUGUCAGUUAAGAUCUGCUUUUGUUCAUCUGACCAUAAGAAGUGGAAGACAAUGUAAAACUAGACCAUGCCAAGUGUAGCAGAGUGUUCCUAUAAGCCCUGAAAUCUGUUUCAUUGGGAUGUGAAGUGUUAUUAAGAUCAGACUGGAAGCUAAGUACAAACUGAAUAGUGCUGUUAAGGAUCUGUCACUUGGUAGAGUGAUGCUGUACAAAUGUUCACACAGAACAUAAACACAUGUCAAACUCCUACAAGACCCUUUUCUCACAGUGGAAAAAUGUAAAAAUCUACUUAGAAGGAUGUACUUUAACAACACAUAAAAAUCAUCCUGAAAUCUGGCUUUAUUAAAAAAGACCAGAGUGAUGCAGACCUUCAUCAUAACUUCACAGACCUAUGAAAGAGGUGGCAUGAAAAUUGUAAAUUAGAGUAUUUUUUUGACAAUGACUCUGAAAUCCUCAAAAGGUUCUUGGCAGAUCACAAUGCAAACCCCCCCCCCCCCCCAAGCUGUGUAGACCACUGUUAGAAAAAGGCCUGUCAAUGGUGGAUCCAAUUAAAACAUACACCGAUUUUGUACAGAAUGCUUUGAGAGUAGUUAGGUUAGCCACAUGUGUAGCCAUGAAGUGUAAUUUUCCUUUGGUAUGCACAUUUUUCCCUCACCUGGGCCUCUUGGUAAUUUCAAUAGCUGGCUAUAAUUCUGAUGCAGAAGCUGGAGGUGUAUCAGUGGAGGUUUUCGACAUCACAGAUUACCAGUAUUUACUACUUCAACCACAUUAAUUAGUCCUAAGGUUCUCAGAUUGGUGACAAUAUUAGUGAUACAAGGCCUGCCCUUUUUUCCAACAUUUACUUAUGGAACAUGACCCUGUGAUUGUUGUGCUAGUUUGGAUCCUAUGGUUGGAUAAUUAGUUCAAACCUGUUGUAAACAUCCCAACCUAUUUCAAGUGACAGCUGGAGCUAAAAAAAAAAAAAAAAAAAAAAAAGGAGAAAUGCAAGUCCUACUGAGAACAGCAAGAACAUUUUUGAGAGUGGUGGGAUUUUUUUUUUUUUUUUUUUUUUUUUUUAUCUGUUGCGCAAAUUAAAGUUGUGUGGAGUUAUCUGGAGCAAGCAUGUAAGAAAUCCUUUUCCCGUUUUGUAACAACAGAUUCCAAAUAUGCAUUAGCAGGCUUGCUAAUGAAAAAGCAAGCCAACAAACGACACCAAUAUGGAGCUGCUAAUGGUAGUAUAAUAGUAAGUCAGAAACAGUUACACUCUAAUCUAAUAUAUAUAUAUAGUAUAUAUAUACAUAUAUAUAUUUAAAACUGAGCAAGUCUCAGUCAUUUUCAAGAAAUGUGCCGAAAACAAUUCCUUCCGUUUGCAUAGAGACAACGUACGUAACUCCAAUGCAGAUGAUUCAAAAUAUGCACCAGAGCAACUCCUUUUAUUUUUGUAUGCUGCCAAGCAAUGAUUACAUAUAGCCUAAUAUAACUAUGUCAACAUUAUUGCCAACUGAGGAUGUUAUGGUGUUUUGUACUGUCAGGUUUACUGCUCUCGACAUAGCCACAUAAGUAGAUCAGAUUAUCUCACAUUAAUUCAUCCAUCCAUUUACUUUUUCAGAGGAGACUCACAUUUCUCAUGAUGUUUAUCAAGAUGUAGUAAGUGUGAAAGAGACAACGUGUGUGUGUUUGGCUGAGUAUGAGUGUCUAUGGGUCGUUUGAACAUAAAUUCUUUAUCUAUAGGCUGUUGUUAUUGGAUGAUUCCACCACAACCUGCCAGGGGAUGAGAUCAUCCACUUUACAAGAAGCUUUUCUGACUGGACAAAGACAUAUUUGAGUCUUUCCUCACUGGCUGGUAUUAUGGUUCCAGGUGUUAUUGUGCAUUUGUUGUGUAUAAGUGUAAUUUUGCCAAGCUGUGAUGACAGAUACAUAUUCUAUAAUGACAUUCAUAUCUGUAUGUGAGUUACUGUGAGCAUGCUGACUUCCCAUGUGUUGUUGUGUGAACACCCUUAAUUUGACGAAAAUGAUACUUGGGUCACUUUUGAGGCAGUUGAAACUAUCUUUUUUUUAUACUUUAAUUUAUUUUCUUUAUUUAAUCAGGGAGCAGACGGUGGUUACGUGCUGUAUGUUUUUUCCUGCCUUGCCUCAAAAUGUUGCUGUAGUAUCAUGGUCCAAACAGAAAUAAUCAUGAUUAUAUGGAGACGGGACACAGAAACAAACCACCAGACUCAGGUGGACGGAUUUUCUAAUGGUUUUCAGUAUUUUACCUUCUUGAAAUGUGCAUGAUAUUUUCAUAUGUAUUUAAAUGAACUGACAUGUGAGAACAUCACCUGCACGUAAAGGUUAAAUUUUCACAUUUUAAUUUUUUUUUAAACAUUAUAUACAAUUUGGUGAGUGUUUUACCUGGGUCUGGAUCUCUGUCUGUGUCAUCACUGAUCGGUCUCCUGCAAUGAGCUAUGGGAUAUGACAAAAAAAUGUUUUUCCUGUACCUAACUGACCAAUAACAAUAAAGAUUAUAGAAUCUA